CUACGUGCAGAUGGGGGCGGGGUUACGCUGCAUGGUCCGUUUUUGCCAUAUUUUACUUCAGAAAUAAAAAAUAAAUAAAAAACAAAGGGAGCAGCAUAACAACAAGUAUGCAGGAUUCCCAAACAGAUGCAGAAGCUUCCAUUGUAACUGCAGAUUCUGCCGACAAAGAGGGCACCACAGUUGAUUCUUCACAAUUAAAUAAAGAUGUUAUGGAGGUUAUUGCGAUGGAUGAGUCCCCAGAAAACAGCCCUGGAGAAACUGCUGUAGAAGUUCCUGAUGAUUCAAAGAAUACAGAAUCGGAGGUGUCCCUUUCUGCUGAUUUUCAAAAGUAUUGGAAGGCAGUGGAAGAUAACCCUGAGGAAUUCAAUACGUGGACAUAUUUAUUACAAUACGUUGAACAAGAGAACAAUAUAUGUGCUGCUCGGAAGGCCUUUGACGCUUUUCUCACUCGUUACCCUUAUUGUUAUGGGUACUGGAAGAAGUAUGCAGAUAUUGAGAAAAAGCACAACAAUAUAAUGGAAGCUGAUGAGGUAUAUCGUAGAGGAAUUCAGUCCAUAACUUUAAGUGUUGAUCUCUGGAUUCAUUAUCUUAAUUUCUUAAAAGAAACUUUGGAUCCUGCUGACCCAGAGACUUGUCUCACAUUGAGAGGGACCUUUGAGCAGUCGGUUCUAUCAGCAGGAUUGGACUUUCGAUCAGACAAGCUUUGGGAAAUGUAUAUUAACUGGGAGACUGAACAAAAAAACCUUAGUGAAGUAACCUUAAUUUACAGUCGCCUUCUAGGAAUUCCUACUCAUCUCUACAGUCAACAUUUUCAAAGGUUUAAAGAACAUAUACAAAAUAAUUUACCUAGAGAUUUUUUAACGCCUGAAAAAUUUAUUGAAAUGCGAAAACAGUUGGCUCCAGUAUCUGACCAUGAAGGGUCAAGUGAGGAUGGUCCUUCGGUCUGGGAGGAAAUAACUGAUCCAGCAAAACUUACUACUGAAAUAGAAAACAUGCGGCAUCAUAUCAUUGAAGUACAUCAAGAGAUAUUCAAUCAGAAUGAAUAUGAAGUGAGCAAAAGAUGGGCCUUUGAAGAAGCAAUAAAGCGUCCCUAUUUUCAUGUAAAACCUUUGGAGAAAGUACAGCUUGAAAACUGGAAAGAUUAUUUGGACUUUGAAAUUGAAAGUGGAUUGCAGGAACGUGCUGUGAUCCUUUUCGAGAGAUGUGUAGUUGCUUGUGCCUUCUAUGAGGAAUAUUGGAUCAAGUAUGCCAAGUACAUGGAGAAGCACAGCGUUGAAGGAGUUAGGCAUGUUUAUAACAGAGCAUGUAAUGUUCAUCUUUUAAAGAAGCCUUUGGCUCAUUUAUUGUGGGCUGCAUUUGAGGAGCAACAGGGUAACAUAGAGGAAUCAAGACGUAUAUUAAAAAAAUUUGAAGAAAAUGUGCCAGAUUUAGCAAUGGUUCGUUUACGAAGAAUAAGCUUAGAGCGAAGACAUGGAAACUUAACAGAGGCUGAGCUCUUAUUGGAUGAUGCCAGGAAAAACUCUAAAUCCAAAAGUGAAUGUUCAUUUUAUGCAAUUAAGCUUGCUCGUCACCUUUUCAAAGUACAGAAAAACAUUGUUAAUGCAAGGAAGGUAUUGCAUGAAGCCAUUUUGAAAGACAAAGAAAAUACAAAACUUUAUCUUAAUUUACUGGAAAUGGAAUACAAUGUGGAUCUGAAGCAAAAUGAAUCCAACAUCUUGCAAUGUUUUGACCAAGCAAUAAAAAGUUCCUUACCUAUAGGAACAAGAAUUACAUUUUCUCAACGAAAAGUAGAGUUUCUAGAAGACUUUGGCUCUGACAUCAGCAAGCUUCUAAGUGCUUAUGAUGAACACCAGGGUCUUUUAAAAGAACACGAGCUUUUAAAGAGGAAAGCAGAAAAUGGCUUGGAGCAACCAGAAGCAAAGCGAGCACACGUUGAAGAGCCUGCUGUUUCCACUCAGAUGUCUGUUGCUUCUACUACUGCUGCAACCACCGAUACAAGUCAAGCUGCUUAUAAUUAUAGUAACUGGUAUCAGUACAACUAUCAGAAUGCGUGGAAUUUUGGACAAUAUUAUCCUCAGACAUGAAUAAAACUUUCUAUUCACUGUUCAAUGAACUGAAUUAAUUUCGGGAUGUUUUCCAAGAAACUGUAAAAUGUGCGCUUUCCCCACUUUUGCAAAGUAUAUCACAGGAGUAUAUUUUUUAUUAAAGUCAGCUGGUUAUCCUGUUUUUACUUUUUCUUCUGGAAAUAUUUCCCUGGAAUCCACCUAUGGAAGAUUGGAGGAACAUAUUUCAUGCCUUUUUUUUUUUUUUUUUUUUUUUUUUUCAACUCCUGUUUAUUUCCAGUUUAAACUUCAGCAUGUUUUGAUUAUAGUUUUUGUUUUUUGAAGUUUUAAGAAUUUAUGAUUUAGGCCAAGGUUUUGUUUCUGAAUUCAUUUAUGGCAUUAAGUUUUUAUUAACACUGCUGUUUAAAAGGGAAUUGCAAUGGUAGCACAAAUGCUUAGUUUUGUCAUUUAUUUUUAAUCAGAUGCAGGAAGUAAUACUGCAAAAAAUUGUCUUCAUUUUGUUUUAUAUAUAUACAUAAACUGGGGGAUGUGCUAAUUUGCUUUGAGUGCAUUUUAACACAGCAUGAAUGCCCACUAGUAGAACUACAUUUAUACAUAAAAUGUGAAAGCCAUUCAACCUUUAUUGGGGAAUGUCAAGCAAAAAUCUCCUGCACCAUCUUAUGUUUUGCUUCACAUUAUAAAAGCAAAAAUCGGAAAUAAGUGGUCUUCACCACUAUUUUAUGUUCAUGCGUGAAAAAGUGAAGAUAUGGCCCUACUUGCUAAAUUCCCUCUAAUUCUGUCCUCCCAUAGUUGAGAUUUUGAAAAAUAAUUUCUGUAUUCAUGUACAUGUUGAGUUGUAACUUUUCAUUUGUAAUAAAGUUUCACUAUUAAUAAAGAA